AUGGUUCGUAAUGAUCCCGGUGCUCCUUUUCGGCGAAUGGGUAUCGUGGACCGUGCAUCACCAUGUCGUAUCCAAGUGAAUCUUCUAGGCACUAUUCAUGGUUCCAUGAGUCCAGACAAGGAGCCGGCUACGUUACUACUUUUCAAAUUCAGAUUUUCAGCUGAGAGGUUGAACGGUCGGAUUAAAUCGGUAAAGAUCACGGUCCAGUUUUAUGAAGAGAACAGCGAUCCGAUCGUCGCCAAUAUUGCCCCCGAUGGCAGUUCUCAAAUUGAACGCAGUACCCAGGAAACUACAGUCAGCAGCGACAUAGAAGCUGGAGUAAAUGCAGGAGUAGGAAUGGGUUUGAGCGACAGAACUGUGCAGAAAAAAACCGACAGUGUCACUAUCGAUGGUAUGCAGUCGAUAAGAGGAAGGAAUUACGGUUCUUUCAACACUGUGAUCUGGAGGUUGACUGAAAAUUCAACUCUCCAUUCAGGUAUUCCAGCGUAUCUUCAGUCAGCCGUUCUGCUGAAACGAAGUACUGGUGAUUCCUUCAGCGCAAAAUUCGAUAUCGAAGCAGAAGUUUCCGGAUUCUUAUUUCGAGAUAUACAAGCCGGGCUACAGCAUAGUGAAGAGGACCCGAUCAUUCUCAAUAUCCCUGCACCCCCCAAAUGGCCCCCUGGAAUGCAACAUCCCAACUCAAAUGCUCUGGGUUCGAUUGACCUCUCGUCAUUGGCCGCUAUUGGACCGCUGACGACAGUGACCUCUGACUGGGAGAAUCAGAAGCAAGAAGAAACUAUUCAGCAGCAAGCUGCCAGUGGGCUUGUUGAGCCGGGCAUCCUAGUGGAUAGCAAGAGUGAAACCAGGUUUAUUGAUGUAUGGGGCAUGCGUCCUCCUGUAGAAGCGCAAACUAGGUUGCCGGAUGUACUGGCAAAAGAAGAUCUGGAAAAAGACUUCUCUUGGAUUUUUAAAUCCCUGAAACCACCCGUAGUAUCCAUCGACAAAGAUGGCAACAAGAGAAUCCUGAAUGAACAGUCUGGGGACAAUGAAUUCUAUAACUUGAUCUGCCAAAUAUCUACCGAUGGAGAUGGCAGUAAAGUCCGGAACGUGUAUAUUGCUCAAACUCCCUUUUAUACUAGUGGGUUCUGGUCACUGGUCCUCUACUCCAUGACAGACUUAGAUAUGAAACGCCAUACCAGUAGGCUUUCCGGGGUUAUCCAAACAGAUGCAGGCGUAGACCUUUCGACUGUUUUAUCUGAGGUCCAAAAACUUGCCGGCAAACAUGGACGUCAUCAGAGUUUAUUACCCAUCCAGCUAUUCAAGGUACAUUUCGCAGAGACCUUAAAGACACUGAAGGAUGUCCAAGAGAAAAUUGCGGAGGUGGACAAAGAUCUCUCUUCUCAAUAUGAGCAGGACAGCAAGUUGGAGAAGGCCACCAAGCUCUAUAAAAAAUCAAGCAAGGUACUUCACGAGUGCAGUAGGACACUCGCAGAUCUUCGUCGACGGCGGAGUUUCGAGGAAGAUCUCGGAAACCAAAUCCGAGAAGGCCUGCAGAAACUCGUAGAGCUUCGCCGACAGCGGAGUCUCAAGGAUGAUGAUAUCCAAACCUAUCCCCAAAAAGACGCCCGGAGCGAUUACGAACUAGCAGUCAUGAUGGAUUUGUAUUCCAAAAUGUCCAAAGGCUUGGACCUUGAUAUUGAGGCUCUACCAGGGACGAUUGAGAGCCAAAGGAAUGUUUUGUUCAACCUGAUUACACAACAAGACAGUUUCGUGCAGUCCAGGCUAGCAGGAGAAGCUCUUCGAGAUUCGAAAGAAAUGAAAACCCUAUCAAUUCUAACGAUUUUAUUUCUGCCAGGCGCCUUUGUUGCUACAGUGUUCUCAACUAAUAUGUUCAAGUUCGAAAGUAAUGGCCAGCAGAUCUGGAUCUAUUUUGCGAUAGUCGCUCCUCUUACUGUGGCUUUAAUGGUCGGUUGGAUCCUAUGGCUGAAACUCACGCCUCAAGGGGCCGAUGAAGAAACAGGAGAUCAACCUGGCUUAGAGAUGGCCAAGGAAAUUGGAAAGGGAAGUAAGAAUGAUUAG